AUGAGCGAAAUAGACCAAUGUGAUGAAGCAACUUUUGGACCAAAGCGAGAUUCAAUUUACAUAGUAGUGCCACUCACAAUAAUAUACAUAAUAAUCUUCAUCUCGGGUACCAUUGGGAACAUCAGUACCUGCAUAGUAAUAGCGAGGAAUAAGAGUAUGCAUACUGCAACAAAUUACUACCUGUUCAGCUUGUCCAUCUCCGACCUUGUGCUACUGAUCACUGGCCUCCCGCAAGAGGUCUACCUCUUUUGGUCACGGUAUCCGUACAUCUUUGGGUCCACCUUUUGUUUCUUAAGAGGACUGUUUGCGGAGACGUCGGGAAACGCCACGGUACUUACAAUCACAGCUUUCACGGUCGAGAGGUACUUAGCGAUAUGCCAUCCAUUUCUAUCACACGCCAUGUCCAAACUCCCUAGAGCGGUCAAAAUCAUACUGUGCAUUUGGCUGGUAUCUGUUUCGUUGGCCAUUCCUCAAGCCAUGCCUUUGAGUGUCGUCGGAGACUGUCCGCAGUGCGUUUUUAAAGAAACUGACACAGUGAUCGGAUACGCGUUUGAAGUGUCAACGUUGCUGUUCUUUGUGGCUCCGAUGACAAUGAUCACUGUCCUGUAUGUUUUGAUCGGCAUGAGACUGAAGUCAUCCAGGACUAUCAAGAAAAGGAUCAGCACAACAGCCAGGAAUCAGUGCAGGUCCUCAAGAAAAGUGAUUAAAAUGCUAGGUGAGUUUUAG